AUGCUGGUUGAAGAGAUCAAUAAAAAGACUUAUGAUCCAAGCGUUUAUUACACUUCAUUAGACUCACAGACUUCGUCUCAUGCCAGAAGUAAAGUGAGCAAAUCACUUGGGUCAUCUCGUUCAAGCAAGAGAGUUAAUUAUUCAUUGGCUGAUCUGGAGAACAAACUAUACACACAGAAGCAGGAUGCAGCAGACGAUUCCAACCAGUCUAGGGACUCAACCAUACUAGAUAAGUUCACUCAACAAGAGAUUAUCCAAUCGAAGAAACGAUAUAUGGAGCUUGAUACAGAGAAUCAGAAGGAACUAGUAGACGUCCCCUCUCUUCUAAGUGCUAUUACGGGUAUCAAUAGAAACAAGAUUGACACGGGCAACAGUAAUCCUUCCUCAGUCAGACAAAAGAAUAAGAUUGAGAUCCCCAAGACUAUUCACCUCUCCUACAGAUCGACAAAGCCUCCCGUGCCCAAGAGAAAGAACACGAAUAGAGUAGUGGCCUUGAAAAAGACUCUCUCCUCACGAAGGCCGUUACAAAGCUACCUAGAGACUCUGGACCAAGUGAAUAAGAGUAUUAUCUACCAUAAUGUGGCGAACAAGAAGUAUUUCAAAGUGCUACCAGUGAUCACCAUUUGUUCCGUGUGCGGUGGCUACGAUAGUAUCUCAAGUUGUGUACAAUGUGGUAACAAGAUCUGCUCGUUAAGAUGCUUCAAUUUACACAAUGAGACUAGAUGUAUCCAUCGUUGA